ACGUUGGCAACGUUGUCAUUUAGCAGCUGUCAUUGUAAAGUUCGUGAUCAUAGAUCAAUUGUGUAUUUUUGUGCAAAAAAAGGUCAUUAUUUAGAUGAUGAAAGCAAAAAGCGCGAUAGCAAAUGAUAGCUUGCGAGUGGCAGACACAAAAGUGAAUUAAACAGAACUGAAUUUAAUAUGACUACUUCGGAAGUGGAGAGCCGUAACAUCACAAUAUCAAUGCGCAAGUCUAUGGAGAAUCUAGUGAUAUCGUCACAGGAUGCCAUCGGUCAGAGUAUCAGCCAGGCCCUCACGUUCUCCGGAGUCAUCACACAGCACACCAACAUCAUACACGAGAACAGAAGUGUAUCGAGAUCGCCGUCCCCGUCGCUGCGCAGCGCCGACUGCGGCCCGGACUCUUUAGAAAAUGACAAAGUUACGGAGCGGUGGUUGUUGCAGAGCGAGGGCUGCUCGCCGGCGGCGCACGGCAGCGACAGCGCCAGCGUCUCCAGCGGGGAGGUCGUCACUGUUGUCAAUGCACCACCUAAGACUGACAACCCUAAAAACCCAGGACCUCGCAGUAUAGACAGCGCGGGCGCAGGCACUCGCACCAAGAAGAAGAGCUGGUACAACGCGCUCUACCCCACGUACAAGAGCAAGAGCGAUGACUUCAAGCGGCUCUUCAAAGACCUGCCUGAUGACGAGAGGCUUAUUGUUGACUACUCGUGCGCCCUGCAGAAGGACAUCCUGGCGCACGGGCGCCUGUACGCGUCGCAGAACUACCUCUGCUUCUACGCCAGCUUCUUCAGCUGGGAGACGAGCCUCACGCUGCGGUGGAAGGACGUCACCGCCAUCACCAAGGAGAAGACAGCGCUGGUGAUCCCGAACGCGAUCCUGAUAUGCACGGAGGGAGAAAAGAACUUCCUCACAUCGUUCUCCGGCCGCGACAAGGCGUACCUCAUGCUGUUCAGGAUCUGGCAGAAUGCGCUCAUGAACCAGCCCAUGAGCAGCCAGGAGAUAUGGCAAUGGGUGCACAACUGCUACGGCGAGGAGCUGGGGUUCAACUCAGACGAGGAGGGCUACAUGCGCGAGGGACUCGACGACGUGCCCGCACUCCCAGAGGUCUUAGAGUGUCCACAGGACCAGGUGGACUCGUCGUCGGUGGACGCGAGCGGCGCCGCCGACACCAAGGAGGACAACAAGAGCAACCGCUCCGCCUCGCACGGGAGGGACUCCUCACCGCCGCUGGUGACGAACGGCGAUGCGGAGGAGCGCGAGGAGGACGGCGGAGACACGCUGCCCACUGACAUGUCCGACACCAGCGAGAGCGAGCCCGACAAACCCAACAACGGUGGCGAGAUGGAGAAGUGCUCGGAGCCGCACGACGGCAAGCUGAUGCUGAAGCAGCAGUUCCCGUUCAACAUCGACAACCUGUUCACCAUGAUCUUCACCAACUCCAAGUUCCAGCUGGAGCUGCUCGCCGCCAGGGGGACCACGGACUACGUGCAGGCGCCAUGGCAAGUGCAGAACGGUCGAAAGUGUCGACAGAUCAGCUACCGGCUCAGUCUCUCUACGGGACCGAUAGGGCCCAAAGAAGUGCAUGUGACGGAAACACAGGUAAUGAACAAAUGCUCGAAGCCCGGCGUGCUGUACUCGAUCGAGGUGACGAGCGACAACUCCGGCAUCCCGUACGCCGACUACAUCAGCGUCAUGGCGCACUACUGCCUCACGCGCGUCGCCGAGUCCGUCACCGAGCUCAGCCUCUACGGCAGCAUCAAGUACAAGCGCAGCAUGUGGCCCAUGGUCAAAGCAUUCAUAGAAAAGAACGCGAUGGCCGGGUUGGAGGAGUUCAGCCGCCUGCUGGAGGCGCGCCUCGCCGCCGAGGCCGACUGCGCCGCGCCGCAGGCCAGGAAGGCGCGCCGCCAUCGACGUCUCACCUCGUCGUCGCAGGAGCCGUCGGCGGCGGGGGCGGCGGGGGCGGCGGCGGCGGUGGCGGGCCCGCUGCUGGCGCCGCGCGCGUCGCUGCGGGCGGCCGCGCCGCGCCCCGCCGCGGACGGCGCGCGCGCCUGGCUGCUGGCGGCGCUGCUGCUGCUGCUGGCGCUCAACGCGCUGCUCUACUGGCAGCUCUACCGCGCCGACCGCUCGCGCGCCUUCCACCUCGACGACUUGCAGAACAGGAUGAGUUCUGUGUCAGACUCGCAGAUGUCGGACUGGUCCAAGCUACUGGAAGCACACUCGCACCGGCAGCGAGGGCAGUUGCUCGCCUGGAGGAGUGCACUCGACCGCACCGUGCAGCAUCUAGCGCAGACGGAACAAGCGUUGACGAAACUAUUAGAAACCAUAAAACCGUCCCUCGAGGGCGCCCAGAACGACGCAGACGAACGGAGCGAGCUGUGAGCUCAUCGCACCGCGCCGCCUGUACUCACACGCACAGCUCCGCGCUCGUGUGCGCAGUCUGCAGCGGACCAUACUCUCUCACAUUGAGAGGAUUUGGUCGCGGUCCGACUUGCUAGCGUGAAAUGGUAGUUGUCAUGCGUCAACUAAAGCAUGGUGAGUAUAUUGAGUUGUUUAUUGUAUUUAAAAUAUUAGAUGAAUUGUUUAUGCGUUUUAAUAACUUGGUUAGGUGUUGAAAGAGUAAAACAAAGAUAUUUUACAGCAAUAUUAGAAUGUAACUGUUUUAUUGCUAGUCGACGUUGCCUUCACGCGAGUGGCUGGAUCGUCUGGCGAUUUUGUGUAAUGAUCAUUUUUUUAUAUAUUACAUCUACAAUCCUUUAAAGACCUACAAAGCUAUUAAAACGUAUGAAAGAUAUAAAAAUUAUAUUUAUCAUAAAAAAUAACGUCUGUUAGAGGUUUUCAAAUCGAUUUGAUGAAUUUCAUAAAUAAUUUAAAAUUGACAGAUUUUUAAAUGUAUACAAUUUUCUAAAAAUUAUUUUCACAUUUUUUUUAUAAUCGCCUAAGACAUUGUAGAAUAAGUAGUCGGUCGUAAGGGCCAGGGGGUCGACUGUGUUUGUUGCCUUUUCUUAUUAAAACGAGCGAAUUGUUUUGUCAAAAAACAGUAACUUUGCCAGUUUUAGUAGUGGCAGCACCACGGUCGACCCGCUGGUAGCAGGCUCCUCUAACACUGUCCCCAUCGAAAACCUCACAGAUUCCCACUGUGAUAAAACUUAAAUACAAAUAAUUUUAUUAAUCUUGUAGUGUUAACCCUUCGUUUUAAAGGCGCAUAGCGUUUUUCUUAUCCAGUUUGCACUUUUUUUUUUCUUGCUACAAAGAAUUGCUAUACAUUUCUAGAGAAAUUACUUUAAAAAAUGUUGUCGAAAAGAUAUGAUUUGGGAUGCAAAUUGAACUUAUCUUAAAAAGUAAAACCCGGUAAAGGUGCGCUUCUGUCAUAUUAAAAUUGAUUGCUUUGGUUUUGUGGGGGCUUUGAUUAUCACACAGCUGACCCACUUUCCUUUACCGAAUUUAAAAAUAAAUAAAAUUGUUGUCUUUAAAAUAAAGGUUCGUACCUAAAUAUUAUUAAAUAAAUGUAUAUUCUUAAAUGAAAAUAUUCCAUUUGUAAUUCAUAUCUUUUCGACAGCUAUAGCCUCCUUGUAAACAUUUUUAAUCAAUAUCGCACUCCUAGACCAUUAAUAUCAAAUACGAUAUUUAUGAAAUAAUAUGACCACUGAUUAAAAAUGUUUGUACAGGGUUGUGUAAUCUUGAUUUUCUCCAUAUUUCCUACUGUAUCCACAAUUUCCUAAUACAGUAUCAUAGAUCCAGUAUCCAUUAACAUAGGUGAUGCGAGAAAAUCGAGGUCCAUGCUCUAUGAGCAACGUAAAAAUGUAAUAUUAUUUUAAUGCAAUCAUGUCGUACCUUCCUAGUGUACGUAAGUAAGGGCCAGUUAUAGACAUAACACAAUUCGCCAUUCAAUCUCGUAUUUAUUUGAAGAUCUCCCUUUUUGUAAUCCGAGAUAAAUAAAAUAGAUGAAUUUAAAUCAAAAUUUAUUAUUAUUUAUAUUUCUGAUUUUGUAUUGCACAUCAUAUCUAUAUUUCAUAAUACAUAAUCUAAUAUUUGGUAGCCACAUCCCACCCAUUUUUAUAAUUUUGCAAUUUACGUCAUUAUGCUCCCUUGGUAACAUGAAUAUAAAGGAUUUGAUAAUAUGAACUCGUAACAUAAAUUUAAUUACAAAUAAUAACAAUGACAAAUGACGAAUAAUAAAGUUAUUUUCAGUUUGCUUACUCCUAUUUAUCAGUGGGGGCAGAUCGUGUUACUUGUAUAAAGUUCAUGGUUUGUUUACUCGAUAUUGAGACGGCUAAUGUUUAUAACUGGUCCCUAAGCAGCAUAGCUUAUUUUGACACAUAGCCUAACAAGCUAUACAUUGAUUUUGCGUCAGCAUAAGUACAUAAAGGUUAUGUAUUGGAAUUUGAAACAGCUUUACCAAAAAGUCGAACCUCUGUCGGUUACGUAGAUGCAUUUUGUUUUUCUUUUUAAGUUAGUAAUAAAUUUAUUGAUAAGAGUAAUGUACGGUCGCCAAACUAUCGUAUGUAAUGGCGCCUUGCUGAGCUAAAAUACGCAUUACAAAGAUUUUAGUUUGUAAAAAUGGCGGCACGUUUCCGGGAUCGGACUGGGAAUUACAAGUAGCCCUUUAUUAAUAUUAUUCAAGCACAGAAACGGCUUGAAAGUUAUAUGCUUCAGUUUUCAUAUAAGCUACCAAGCGAUCUGUGGUGAGUUAUAUCGGGUCAAGAUCCCAUAGUCCCCCAUCUGAGUCCGUGCCACGAAUUUUCUUACUUAGUAUAUUGUGUUCUGUUUCUUUAAGUACUUAGACUGCGUUUUUUAAUUCAGCCAGGCUGAAUAGUGUAGUGGCAUUAGAAUAAGAAUAAAAUUCUAUUAUAAAUAAUUCCUAGUGUAAUUGUACCUAUAACUUAUCACAGAAUAUAUUAUAUGUAUUAAAAAUGGAAAACUAUGGUGUUGUUACAUAAUUUAUAUAAAAUGAAAAUAAAUGAACUUUGAAAAAGCUUCUUCGAUAUGUUUGUAGUAUUUUGAUCUCUUACUUUUUAAUUAUUAUUUUGUAUCAGUUUUGCGGUGCUUGUAGAUUAUAUUAAUGAAAUUACGUUUAUUUGAAUAUUCGCGUCAAUUAUGUACAUUGUGUAGUGUGUGCUGUGUAGUGACACUCGACAUCACAACUGACGAAUAUUAUGUACAUCACAAUUCAUAGUUAGAGCAACUCGUGCUGUGUAAAUUAUUUAUUAAUUAAGUGGCGGAGUCGGCAUCUAGGGUACGAGUUUUAUUUUUCUACCCCCUCUAAAUACCUGCAGCCGGCCCUGUCAAUAAUCGUGAAACGUAAAAUCAUUCCAUUGAUGUGUAAAAAUGAUCUGAAUGUACAUAAGUCGAGAAAUGUAAAGAAAUUCACAACUUGAGAACCAUCGUCAUUAGCAAGGCCCGCGCCACAGGCCACGCGGGGCGCGGCGGCGUGGGAUGGAUUAGAUUCCUAUUAGAUGUAAUAACGUGCAUUUGUGUCAGCCCUUGCCAGACGAGUAGCGUGUCUAUGCACAAAUUCCAUUUAGAGUUUAACGUUGCAACGUGUGUUGUAAGUUAUACAAUUCUAUUCUCAGUAUUGAAUAAAUAUUUUAAAGUGUU